AUGAUUACAUACGUGAAGGCAACAAAUAAACAUAAAAGGACAACAUUAUGUCAAACGGCCCAACACAUACCACCUCCAAGAGAAUUCCAAAAAACUGCUGAUUUUUGGAUUACGUUCACUUUUGAAAUUAUUGCCGAAAGGAACUGGGGACUCAUGAUCUCGGCUUUAAAAGAGCUUUGGUUAAACGUUUUAAUCUUUCAUUGA